AUGCCUACUCGAACAAGACCAAUCGAGAAAUUUGCACAGGCAGUUGCCAAAUGUUCUACAGAGGCAUCCGUAUACGGCAAAUGCAUCGUAGCAGAUUACAAUUCCGUGCAUAAAGAUAAAUGCCUGACUGAAUUUAUGAGACUGAAAGAUUGUUAUUUGGUUGCUGCGAAGAAGAAGUAG